AUGGAUAUUAACAAUACUAUUCAGUCUUCUGGUGAUAUUAUUAUCACAUAUACUAUUCCAGGUAUCGAGGAACCUUUUGAACUUCCUUUUGAAGUUUUGAACCACUUCCAAAGUGAACAAUCCAAAAAUUGCUUAGUCAUGGGUGUGAUGAUUGGAAGUUGUUCUGUUUUGUUAAUCUUUUUAGUUGGUAUUUUAUUUAAAACUAACAAAUUUUCAACAAUUGGAAAAUCAAAGAAUUUGAGUAAGAAUUUCUUAUUCUAUCUUAAUUGUUUAAUUACUUUUAUCGGGAUUAUUCGGGCUGCUUGUUUUUCCAAUUAUCUUUUAGGUCCUUUAAAUAGUGCUAGUUUUGCAUUUACUGGUUGGUACAAUGGAGAAUCUUAUGCUAGUUCAGAAGCUGCUAAUGGAUUUAGAGUUAUUUUAUUUGCUCUUAUUGAAACUUCCAUGGUUUUCCAAGUAUUCGUUAUGUUUAGAGGUGCAGGUAUGAAAAAGUUGGCUUAUUCUGUUACCAUUUUAUGUACUGCUUUAGCAUUGGUUGUUGUUGGAUUUCAAAUUAAUAGUGCUGUUUUAUCUCAUCGUAGAUUUGUCAAUACGGUGAAUGAAAUUGGUGAUACUGGUCUUUCAUCUAUUUGGUUAGAUUUACCAACUAUUUUAUUUUCCGUUAGUGUCAAUCUUAUGUCGGUAUUGUUAAUUGGUAAAUUAAUCAUGGCUAUUAAAACAAGAAGAUACUUGGGUUUGAAACAAUUUGAUAGUUUUCAUGUCUUGUUGAUUUGUUCUACUCAAACAUUACUUGUUCCUUCACUUAUUUUAUUUGUUCAUUAUUUCCUUUUCUUCAGAAAUGCUAAUGUUAUGUUGAUCAAUAUUAGUAUUUUAUUGAUUGUUUUGAUGUUACCAUUCAGUUCCUUAUGGGCUCAAACAGCAAAUACCACUCAAUAUAUUAAUAGUUCCCCAAGUUUUUCUUUCAUUUCUCGUGAACCAAGUGCUAAUUCUACUUUACAUAGUUCAAGUGGUCAUUAUUCUGAAAAAUCUUAUGGAAUUAAUAAAUUAAACACACAAGGUUCUUCUCCAGCUACUUUGAAAGAUGACCAUAACUCUGUGAUUUUAGAAGCUACCAAUCCGAUGUCCGGAUUUGAUGCUCAAUUACCCCCAGAUAUUGCAAGAUUUUUACAAGAUGAUAUUAGAAUUGAACCAAGUAGCACACAAGAUUUUGUUUCUACUGAAGUCACUUACAAGAAGGUUUGA